AUGGUGGUCCUAAAGGAGUCGAAAGAUGAUUCUUUAGUGGGAAAAUUUUCGUUCUGGAAAUUUGUAAAUUGGCUCAUACUGACUGUGGUGCUAAUCUAUGUGUUCUAUAAGGUAUUCACGGGACACGGUACGGACAUCAACAUUGGGAAGUUCUUAGCUAGAUCUUCGCCUUACAUGUGGGCUAAUUUGGGUAUUGGCUUUUGCAUAGGACUGAGUGUUGUCGGGGCUGCAUGGGGUAUCUUUAUCACCGGGUCCUCGAUCAUUGGUGCAGGUGUGCGUGCUCCUAGAAUUACUACCAAGAAUCUUAUCUCUAUCAUUUUCUGUGAGGUUGUGGCCAUCUAUGGUUUGAUCAUCGCGAUUGUGUUUUCCUCCAAGCUGACUGUAGCGUCUUCCGAGACCUUGUUGUCGAAAUCGAACUUAUACACCGGUUACUCAUUGUUUUGGGCUGGUAUCACAGUCGGUGUCUCGAAUUUGAUUUGCGGUGUGGCAGUCGGCAUAACGGGUGCCACUGCGGCUGUGUCAGAUGCAGCCGAUUCUUCGUUGUUUGUCAAGAUCUUGGUCAUUGAGAUUUUUGGCUCUAUCCUGGGUUUACUGGGCCUGAUUGUCGGUCUGCUGAUGGCUGCCAAAGCUGGAGACUUUCAAUGA